AUGGAGCCAUGGAGGGUUCCAUUUCAAGCUAGAGAGGCAGUUACUUUAUCUUUAACAAAGGAUGGGCGGUGCUUCUGUAGACAUAAAACGGAGAACGAAAUGGGGACAUGUGGGAGUGGGUUAAUCAAUAAAGUUGUGGUGGUUACGGGUGGAGCGAGAGGAAUCGGUGGUGCUACAGCCAAGUUAAUGGCGGAGAAUGGUGCACAUGUAGUUAUUGCAGAUAUUUUGGAUGAAUUAGGAAUAAAUCUUGCUAAUUCAAUCAAUGGUCGUUAUGUUCAUUGUGACGUCUCAGUCGAAUCUGAUGUAGAGGCUGCAAUUCAAUUUGCUAUAACUUGGAAAGGGAAAAUCGAUAUUUUAUACAAUAAUGCUGGCAUCGGGGAUAUCGGAGGAAGUAUCACCACUAUCGACAUGAAAAGGGUUUCAAAAAUAGUCGGAGUAAAUGUGAAUGGUGUUGUACAUGGAAUCAAGCAUGCUGCACGGGCAAUGAUCAAAGCAGGUACAUGUGGCUCUAUUAUAAACUCGUCAAGCACCGCUGCAAUAAUGGGAGGCCUUGGAUCACAUGCCUACACGUUAACAAAAGAGGCGAUUCUAGGAUUAACAAGAAGCUCAUCAUGCGAGUUAGGUUUGUAUGGGAUUCGUGUCAAUUGUGUUUUACCUCAUGGAGUGCUAUCAGAGAUGCUUGUGGAUGCAUAUCGUGGUUUCAAAAAAGAUGCGACAAUUGAAGAAGUGCAACAGUCUGUAAGUGAGACUGCAAGUUUAUUAAAAGGACGAUGUGGAAUGGUUGAAGAUAUUGCCCAUGCUGUGUUGUUUUUAGCUACCGAUGAAUCUGGAUUUAUAACGGGUCAUAAUCUUGUUAUCGACGGUGGUUAUACCACUUCGUCAGUCAAAAUGAGUUUUAUAUAUCGUGAUAAAGAACCAGAGUCAAAUAAAAGUAGCUAG